AUGACACCCUCGACCGCCACAGAGAAUGCAGACAGAGGACCUGCCAUUGUGGGAAUCCUCUGGACCGAAGCUGCCAUUUCACUGAUCAUUACAGCAUUACGGUUCUACGCCCGGGGGAUGAUUCGCAAAGUCGGCUGGGAUGAUUGGCUUAUGGCCUUAACAACAGCAUUGUUCAUCACAUGCACAGGUUUGGUCACAGCUCAAACCAGUGUUGGCGGAUAUCGUCAUGAGGAAUUUUUGUCUACUAAUGACAUUGUGUACGCCCUCAAGAUAAAUUUUAUCCUGAGGGGUGUCGAUAUCUUAGCCUAUGCUACGGGAAAGGCUUCUAUCGGAGCCCUCAUCCUCCGCAUCGUCGGUCAUCAAAACAAGUGGCAGAGGGCUGUAGUAUGGGUAGUCAUUGUCUUGACUGCUCUGCUCAAUGUCUUGAAUACUAUUUUCAAUUUCGUUCAAUGCCAACCAGUAAGCGCAAACUGGGACCGAAGCGGGUCGUUCAAAUGCUGGCCAGCGAAGGCACAGCUUGAUUUCGCGUAUUUUAUGUCAGCCGAGAAUGUCGUGGCGGACGUAAUCCUGGCCGUUAUCCCGGCGACCUUCCUAUCCAGACUGAAAUCUAAUAUACGAAGACGCAUCUCUUUGUCUAUUUUGCUGGGACUAGGAUCAAUGGCAUCCGUUUGUGGCAUCGUCAAAAUGACCCAACUCAGCUCUCUUAGUGGAGUUAGCACCGACUUUACUUGGGGUGAAUAUGGUCUUACUGCGUGGGGAGUCUCGGAAAUCUUCGUCAUCAUCGUGACAGGCUGCAUUCCGACCCUCAAACCGGUGUGGGAUCGCUGUCUUUCGAGAGGCAAGAAUAAGGACAAAAGCUUCCAGUUGUCCGACACAGGAAAGACCAAUUACAAGACUGUUGUGCUAGAUGGUUACAUCAAUUUACCCGAGGGUAAUCGAACCUCUCAGAAAUUGAGGCCCCUCCCAACAAAGGUGACCCCUGCAAGUUCUCCCACACCUUUUGCAGGGGAUGUUGGCGAUAUUGGCGAUGAUGCACCCCAAUCAUCUUCAUUAGAUCAGAGUCCGGUCACUUAUGCAUACGCAACAUGA